UGAUCUACUUAAAUCUAAAAAUCUACGCAAUUUUCGCGGGUGCUUAUUUAACUGUUAAAGAGCCACAGUUGGUUCGACUCAAACGGAUUAAUGACGUUUGAAUUAAAGAGAUACGUUUUGAUUUGUCCUAAUGUUUAUUAACAGUUCGAAAACAAAAGUUGUAUCAGUUUAACGUUCUUCUACUUUAGGAACGAUUUAAGGUAGGAAUUUUAGCGUGAGAUAACUUAACUACUCGUCCAAAAUUUCGCUUCGAUAACUGUGCAAUGAUGCCAGAUUUCUUAACCUUAAAUAACCUAUGUGUGUGGUAAAUUUCACGGUUUAUAAGAAUACGUGUUGAGACACAGCGGAUAAACUCCGUUGCAUUGUGUUGUUUAAAAUUUUCUAACUUCGACUAAAUAUUCUAAGCGACUUGUAAUUUCGCAGUGUUUUUAGUGACUCUUAUUAUUUAAUACGGAAUUAUAAAAAAUUGUCUUUUAAAACCACAUUUCCUUCCAGCUGGUCUAAGUGGGAUUGUUUAUUUUGAUUGUUUAAGAAAUGAUGUUUAUAAAUUAAAGUAUGAUGUACUCUUGUACAUCAAACAUAACAUAUGAUUCAUGCACGAUGGUAUUGCAUGAUGCUACAUUUCCUUCAUGCAGCGAGAACAUUUUUGAACAAUACCGUUGCAAAAUAAUAAAUAGGGCAAGGUAGACCCAAUCUCUUAGAUUUCUAUCUUUGGGAUUAUAUAGCCAAGAUAUUUUCUAGGUAUUUUCCAGGGAGUAAGAAAUUCAAUGUUGAAACAUAUAAGAAUGUGUAUUGAGGCAUAUUGACUAUGACAUUUUGUUGUUACAUUAUUGUAUUAGUGAUUUAAUUUGCAUAGGAUGCUGGGCUAUAAGUUGUAGAGUAGACUAAACUGGUGAAACAAGAAUAAGAUUGACUCCAGUGUCUUAAGAACUAUAUUCAAUGAUUACAAUAACAAGAGUUCAAAAGAACUGCUGGAUGUGAAUAAACAAAACUAUGAGGUACAAAUCAAGAAUAAUCAACUCUGAGCAACAAGCAAAUAAAAUAAUGUGAAGGAAGGAAGAUAAUAUCAUGAAGGUUUGCCAGCAGAUGGAACAUAUUUGUGCAUCAAUAUUAAAUUCUACAAUUCUGAAGCUUAAAACGCAAAUGUUAAAUCGUUACAACGCAAUUGAAGCUCAAAUACCGAAACCCGAAUCUAUAUGUCGUAAUCAUCAAUUAGUCUGCGAAUCACACAUAAUCGAAACACUUCACAUGCGACUUACUUUGCUUCAGAUGAGUUUUGGCAACCACGUUGAACGCGCACACUGUUGCUCCUUUCCUGGAAAGAUUUUAGAUGAAGUUUAUCGCAUUUUACAUUACAUAAAAGCUACUUCAAUAUUAGCCAAAUAGGACAAAAGAAGAUAAUCAUUUUGGAAUUAUAGUAACAGAGUCGAAGCCGAUGCACCCAACUGCGAUUUUCUGAAGGGGACAAAAACAGGUCUCAGGAUAGGUAACGAAAAAGAAGAACCAUUUCAACGCUGCACGCGCGGGCUUUUUUCCGGGUAGAAUUCGUGUGUGUGAGUGCGCCAUAGUUACACGAGUAUAUUGCGCUAAGAGAAACGGAGAGAGGCAUAGAGAAGGGUACCACAAACGAGAGCGAUAGGGCUACUCGAGAAGAAACGAGAGAAACUUCGAUAGUGAAACGGAGCGAGAACGAGAUCGUUCGCAAGGGUCGUGAGGAGAAGGAAGGGAUCUCCGUCAAAAUGUCGCUGAAAACACCAACACGGAUACAUUGAUUGCUUUUCGUCAUUUAACAGGGGGUUUCUGGUGAAGCUGAUUACCUAAACACGUUAAAAAUAUGGUAUCAACUCGUCAGUCAAGUAAUAUGGGAGGAAGUAAUGGGGGCGGGCCGGUUGCAGAAGUUGCAGAUGUGAGUCCAUCCAGGAGACAUCAAUCUGUAGCAAUGGCUAGUUCUUAUAGCGGGGCCUCAGUUUCGGAACCACCUAUCUUUAAUAAGUUAAAUCUUCCGAACUUACCAAUUGAAAUUCUUGAAAAGAUUUUCAGUUAUUUGGACUAUGAUACUGUGGCUCGUUUACGUCCAGUUUGUCAGCAGAUGGAUCGCGUUUGCGGAUCAAUAUUAAAUUCCACAUUUCAGAAGCUUCAAGCACAAAUGUUGAGUCGUUUCCAAGCAAUUAAAGCACAGAUGCCAAGACGUGAAUCUGCACGUCGUAAUCAUCCAUUAGCUUGUGAAUCAGACAUAAUUGAAACCCUUCACAUGAGACUUACUUUACUCCAAAUGAGUUUUGGCAAGCAUAUUGAACGUAAACAUUGUUGUUUUUUUCCUGGGGAGAUUUUAGACGAAGUUUAUCGCAUUUUACAUUAUAUAAAAGUUACUCCAAAAUUAGCCAGACCAUAUAAAGUUACCGACGAGUUAUUUGAUUUAAGUACAAUGGCUAUGGAAUACUUUAAGGAACGCAUUGAGCCGACAUUACCAGAAAUUCCUUAUUUUGGAGCCGAUUUUCUAGAUCUUGCUGGGACAUUCUCCUCUUCUAGUAAUGUGAGUAAACCAUUUAUUUGUCUGGACUCCGCGCCUUUGAAUGUUGGAAGUGGAAAGGGUGGAAGUAAUAGCGGAGAAGAAGGAUCCUCGCCGCAUUCUUCGGACGAUCCUGUUCUUUUAGAAUCGAAUGUAUCACCUCCACAAUCAAACAUGGUUUUACGAAAACGGAUUCGCAAGAUUAAACAGGGCAUGAAACGAUACAAUAGCCAGUUAACGUUAAUGCGUAGAGAUUUGAGGAGUUGCAAGGCAAAAAUAGCUGAACAACAAAAACAAAUUGUUGAAUAUGCUACACGUCUUGAUGACAAUGAUAAGAAGAAUGAGGAAACCUCCCGAAAAUUUAGCACGCUCCUACAGGAAUUAAACAAGUGUAAAACAGAGCUUCAGUAUUGGCGAUCGAAAUCUCCAGCAAUACCAGUGUGUGUAGUUUGUGGUCAAUCUAUGUUGGUACCAUCAGAGGACAUACAAGUUCUAACCAAUCAAGGUGUACUAUCAGAGACGCUUGAUGAAGGUUUGGACUUCAUCCCUAUAGCAGACGCGCAAAGUCCGACUGAAGUAGCUCCACAGCCAGUAGUUACACAGCCUUCAUCGCCACCACCGACUGUGGAAAUGGCACCACCAAAGGCUCCUGUGCCUUCAUUAUCUACGAAACGGAAAUCUACUACAGAGGAAACUCCAAACGAUGCCGGAAAGAAACCACGCCGUGCCACCAAGUCACGUCAGGUCAAACGUUCGAAGAUGUAAAUCAAUUCUAAUCAUGGUACAAAAAUAUCUAUCUAACAUCCUUAUUGGGUUUUCGAAAGAGGUCUUUCUACUUAAAGCAUACAUGUUUCUUUAUGCUAGCGAAACAAAUGAUCUUAGAAAAGUACAAAAUUCUUUCUUGAACGUCCUGCAUUUCGCGCAACGAACCUCAUUUUGAAAAUUAUAGCCACGUUGGUUGUCACGUGAAGGGAACCAACGCGAUUGAUUUUCCUAUUUUAUUAUGGACGAAUUUGUCACACAUGGUGACAUCUACAAAUAUUCUAAAUGAUAGCUGAUCAUUUGUAUUGUUCGUAAAGUAACAUGGAGUAACUUUUUCGAGCCUUUUUAAUUGUUAUUAUUUUUGCGAUGGUAUACACAAGGAAAGCGGAAGCGUUGAAUUUGAUGUGAAAUGUUCAUUUUAUAACGAUCACUUGCUAUGGAGCAGAUCAAACGUCAUUAAUGAGGUGACGAAUAAGAAGUUCACCUUCUGUAUUCCUUGAAUAGAAACAAUGCACUGAUUUACCAUUUACUCGCAAAAUAUUUCGAAUGUUUUUUCUUUACUGUAAUGAUACUUUUAUCCCAAACAUUUUAUCCUUAACAGUUUAAUUAAAUACCCACCAGACAAUACAGGAAUUAAUAUAAAAUGCAAUGUUUGGUAGUCACACAAAAAGGAGGUUCUUUGUAUUAAAGUCACUACAAAGUAUGUUUGGUGUCUUCAACUUACAAAAGAAUACCGAUAACAUAUUUUACUGUUUAGUACAGUGUUAAACGAAUAAAAAUCACUUUACGUGAUGAAUUUUGUUCCGCGAGGCGGGGGAUGUUCUUGUCUUUAUAGAAAUUUUUACGAAAAAUUUCGAGUGGACAUUGGAUAUGAUUCUAGCAAAUUUUAUUUUGCAGUAUCAACAAUAAAUAAGUACCUGAGAGGACUGAGUGGGGAUUGGUUCGCGCAGGUACUCCAAGUUCAUCAAUAUUCAUAUCAAUUUUCUAAUUUAUCUAAGUCUGCUCAAUUGAAAAUGUAUUUCUCUUUAAAAUGAUUUGUGUAUAUACCACUUAUGUUAUGAGUUUAGCCAUAAAAUGGGUAGCAAAUGUCAAAGGCUUUGUAAACUGAAUUGCUUUUGCAUAAUGACAUGUGAUAUCAGUUUAUCUUUCUGAAUAUUGACAGGUAAACUUGUAAUUGAAAAAAAGUAAUUUAAUAGAGCAGCUCACCGCGAUGAAAUCAAAACAAUUUUACUGAUAUAAAAUUUCGUGAGCCUUAAAAAUGCGAUGUUGGGGAGAAAGUGAAUUGUAAACGUGAGCAAAACAUAUUAAAUACCUUGGAAGGUAUUAUUUUGUUUUCAACGCGCCAUCUUGUAAAUGAGCGAUUAUUUUACGGGAUGGUGUAUAUUGCAAUAUUAAUAGUGCUAGGAAAUUAUUUAUAGGAUCAAUUAUUUAUAGGAGAAUGAUUGUCAGAUCAUUUUAAAAAAAUUUUGGAAACACCAAUUUUCUAAUUUAUCAAUCACGAUAAAAAUUUACUAAGUUCACAUCACAUUCGUAAGAAAAAAAAUGAAGAGAGGAAAGUAGGAAGCACUGAGCAAUUAUUUAACUAAAUCAAUUGAAAUUUCGCGUUUACGUAAUUUCCUUUUAAAUCGGACGGGUUACCCUGCGCGAUGUUCGAUGAUCGGUCUGUGUAGAUUCAAUUAUUUUAUUUGCACCAAUCCUAAUUAAUCUCUAAGAUGCGUAGUUCGAAAUAUUGUGAGUUAUUAUUAUUCAUGAUUCUAGUAGUAAAUAUAAAGGAUACUGAUAAUAAGUAAAUGAUACUUUAUUAUGAAUAUAUAUAUGUAUAUAUAUACAUACAUAUAUAUACAUAUAUGAGUGCGGUGUUUGCCAGAUAUGCAUACCACACAGAGCACUUUAGUUUAAACUUUAAUGGAACAAUAAGAUAUAAUAAUUAAUUAAUGAUGAAAUAUUACCGAAAUAUAUAUAUGUACGUAUGUAUAUAUAUAUAUACAUAUAUGUAUGUAUAUGCUUAUAUAUAUAUACGUGUAUAUAUAUAUCUAUAUAAUUUUUUAUCGAUGUCGAAAAUUAAUUAGGAAAAAUAAACCUAGUGAGCAGAUGGAAACACGUGUACGUCAUAACACGCAUGUAUGAGAUAAUUUGAACGAGAGAAUAAGAGCGUGUGAUAUAUAAAAAUACUAAAUUCAAACUUAAUGAGAAUUUACGAUGUGAUGCUUUAUCGAUUUAACUGCGGGAAAGUGACCUUUAUUCAAAUAAAAUACACGUGGGGCGUUUCUGGCUACAGAAAAUAUGUGUGAAUUUUACCUAAUGUUAUGUUGAAUAGGAUUGCGGGGGCGGGCGUAACUAAAUCGCCGUGUCGGAAAUUUCGAAAUGCUUGCAUUGUAUGUUUAUGUCGCGACUAGCGGUACGUUCGGACAGACCAAAAAACGAGAAGAAAGAAAAAGAAAAUUUGAGAACAUCGAAUAAAUCGUGUAUCAAAAGACUCUUUUUACACGAAUAUAUCUAGGCCCCUGAUGUAACAGCAUCCUGUGUACAAUCUUCAAAGAAUUGUAUUUAGGAAUCAAUAACUGAAUGUACCUCAUGUACUUCUACUGAAAUAUUUACUCUUUCGACGAUACACGUUGCCAGUUUAUUGUCUUAAAAUAGUUUACAGUCCUCGGCUUUCCGACAUUAUCCGUCCCCGAACGAUACAAAUGUAGCGUUGUGUACUAUGUAUAUGAAUCUACUAAGAUUAAUCGAAUAUAACAAUGAAUACACAAUUAGAGGUAGACUAAUUUCCUAAUUAGUAGUGCCGUGUGUUAUGAUUGCGAGCACAAAACGAUAAUUUUCAAUUUUGAUUCGUCACGAAUUAAUCCGAGGACCAUAUUCGUUCGCAGUAUGUACAUACUAGCAAGUAAUGGUCUCCGGAUCAGGUACACAAUAAGCAAUUACAAAGAAAAUAUUAUACGCGUGUACUUUGGUAAUUACAGACACGAGAAGGAACAUAGGAAUACAAUUGCCAGCGUUAGGGCCCGAAACGUCGUACCGC